AUGUAUGACAGCAGACGCCGAAGCCUCCUCAGGAAACCUUGGCAACAGGUUAUAGACUACAGUAAAUCUGUGUCCAGAUGGAUUACCGUUAGACAUCCUUUAACCCGAUUAGUGUCGUGUUACCAAGACAAAUUUCGAAAUGGAUCGAAUUUUCCUGAAAGGAAGAGAAAUGUCUUGGGGGAGUUCUUGUUUCCAGCACUUCUAAGCAACGGUUUGGUUUUCAAGUCUCAGAACUCCUAUGUCUGGAAAAACUUUCUAGGCAAGAGGAGGAGGUUAGUCGAGAUGCUAAACGCCAAGGACAAGCGUGCCCGUUCGAGUGUGACUUUUACAGAAUUUUUAAACCAUGUUGCUCACACAUUCGAAGAAGGCCGCGUCAACAGGCACUGGAAAACGUACGGCCUGUUAUGCUCGCCUUGCUUCUUUGACUACGAGUACAUAGCCAAGACAGAAACGCAAGACCAGGACUUGGAAUAUUUGUUCAACAGAUUUGGCUUCCCUUCAGAUCCACAUCAGGCCGUAAAAGUCAAAGAAGACGUUCGAAGAAAAACUGAAAAUGACUUAAGAUACUACGAGGCUGUUCCGAUGGAGCUGAAGAAGAAAAUCUACAACAUCUACAAGAUAGACAUGGAGAUGUUUGGAUAUGACCUUCCUCAAGACUUCUGGAAGGCGCCUUGA